AGACUACGCCGACCGCUUGGGUUGGCUGGUCAGCUUGCGUGCGAAGUUAGUUUGUAGCAGUUUUUGUUCUUCCGACGUUACCGUACAGGUUUUCUACGAUGAUCUAAACGUGCGACAGACACUCUAGUUGAUAACAACCAAUAAUUUAUUGUGAAGCUAUAAUGACGGCAAUAUUCGACGUUAAAUGUGCCGCGGUUUUGACUUUCGUUUAUGUCCUCUUCGUAUUCGAUAACGUUCAAGAAGUCGUUGGAGAUUCGCUACGGAACGAUGAUUUCGAAAAUAAUUGCGGUGGUGGAGCCAAUCACACGACUACGCUCGAGUCGGCCAUCCGUUGGAAAAGAGAAACGGAAACGAGUGGCCUAAGACGACCGUCGCCUUGUCCGGUGCCACCGCAGCCAAGUAACGGCCAGUGGAAGCUUCAUCGAACACUUUGUGACAGCAACAGGGAAUGCGAUGUUGCUCAAGGUCUUCAUCUCGAUCCUGGUAGCCAGCUGGUAUAUACCUGCAGACCCAACUACAGGAUAAAAGGGAGUACUGACGUCUUCUGCGGAGUCAGGGGAACAUGGUCGGAAAUUCCUGAGUGUAUUGAGAUAAAAUGCGACGCUUUGAACUCCCCGUCGACGAUCGCUUCAUGCUAUAAUUUGGGCAAGUUGGUGAGCUGCGACACCGCGGUUUCUCCGGGUAUACGAGCCCAAGUAUCUUGUCGCCAGGGAUACAGGAUGGACACGAGUUCCUUAACGAGUCGCAGAGAUAUCAUCGUGUGCACUUCGAACGGAACGUGGGAACCGGACCCCAUAAGAUGCAUACCACUUUGUGGUGUUGCAAUACCCAACCACACCCCGUUAGCAUACAACGCAGAGAAAGCGAACGUCGGCGACUUUCCAUGGCAUGCGACCCUCUAUAAAGAGCGGAACACGCGGCAAGGACUCAAAAAGGAGUUCUCUUGUGGCGCUACAAUUAUUCACACCAACCUGGUCAUGACGGCUGCUCAUUGCAUCUACAAUGAGAACACCAAGACCACGGAGUGCCCGGAGAAACUUUUUCUUCUCACUGGAAAUACGUUCCGCGAUUAUGAUUCCCCGUUGCAUGAUCGCCGAAUUGUUCGACAGGCUGAGGUGAAAAAUGUUUACGUUCAUUGCCAGUAUUACGGACUGAAUGGAAACUAUGCAACUGACAUCGCGCUGCUGGAACUUAAGCAGCCCUUCGAAUUGUCCAGCAUUCUUCAGCCCGCUUGUUUAGACCUUUCUGGAUACAGUCAGCAGAUACUGGAGCCUGGUGUUUCCGGAAAAGUUGCCGGCUUCGGUAGGACAGAACUAGGCGGCACGAGCGCCGUUCUGCAGACCCUGACGCUACCUUACAUAUCGUACAGCCAGUGCAAGUCUUUGAAGAACAAUGCCGAGGUUGAGGUCUUCAUCAGUAACGAUAAAUUCUGCGCCGGUUAUACGAAUGGAUCGGCUGUGUGUGAAGGUGACAGUGGGGGUGGUUUGGUGUUUCAGAAAGAUGACUUGUGGUACGUUAUGGGGAUCGUCAGCGUUGGUCUCGGCGUAGAAACCAGCAAUGGGGAAAGGACGUGCGACAAAAAUUCCUACUCGCUUUACACCAAAGUCUCGACAUACAUGUCGUGGAUUCAAGAAGUGAUUUUCUAUUUGGAGCGAUACAAGUCUUACCAAAGCUGCAGUUCCCGCAUUCCGUCGGUACCAACGCACAACGGAUCGGUCACUCCACGACCGUCCGUUACUCCAACUCCGACGUCGAGCUCGCCCACUUCUGCAACGAGGCCGAGACCGACGAGACCGACAAAGACGAGCACUCCAGACCCCACCGGCUUCCGAAUACCGACAGGAUCCUGUCGGGUACCACCCCAGCCUCCUAAUGGAGAACGAAGACUUCAUCCAGCUCUCUGCGAGGAAAACGCAGAUUGUAGUCUUGUUGAAGGCGCAGCACUGGGGCCCGGAAGUCAGCUGGUAUACAGCUGCAAGCCUGGAUUUCGAAUGAAUGGCAGCACUGAUGUCUUUUGCAGACUGCAGCUGGGAAAAUGGUCUACGAUCCCCACCUGCAUAGAAAUCACCUGCCCCUCACUGGACUCUGCUUCGAUGAUAGCGACAUGCUAUAGCCAGAAUCAACGGAAGCCGUGUGAUUCUAUGGAGCUACCAAACAUCACGGCUUCACUCGCCUGUCGACCCGGUUACGCGGUAGACCCGACUCUUCAGAAGACAAGCAGUAAAACUGUGACGUGCAAUAUAAACGGCGAGUGGGAGCCCAAUCCGAUCACUUGCUUGCCAGUUCCAGUGUGCGGAAUAACGAACACUCAUUCAACACGAACCGUGCUAAAUGGAAUCGUUUUCGAUCUUCCACAUUUUCCAUGGCACGCGAUGGUGUACAAACAAAAAAAAGCGUCCCAGGAUCCUAAAGAGUUUCAGUGCGGUGCAACGAUAAUCCAAGACAAUCUUCUGCUGACCGCCGCUCAUUGCGUUUAUGAUCAUGUAUUGAAGACGGUUGAGAUACCUGAAAAGUUUCACGUGAUUACCGGGAACAAAUUCCGCGAUUACGACUCUCCGCUCCACGAUUCACGUAUCGUACAGAAGGCUGCGGUGAAAAGCAUCCACAUCCCUUGCGAGUAUUCUGGUUCGCAGAGUAACUACUACGGCUCCGACAUCGCGAUCAUCGAGUUACAGAAGCCGUUCAAGCUGUCCGGUGUUUCAAAUCCAGUCUGUAUGGAUGUCUUGGGUACUAAAGAGCGGCUAGUAAAAUCUGGUUCGGUGGGAAGACUGGCUGGGUUUGGUAGAACUGGAUCAGGCCCAUCGACCGCAACUCUUGUGACAACAAACAACCCCUACAUAGCUCUUAGCGAGUGCACAGUGUCCAAUAACAACGAAGACAAGGAGCUUACAGGGAACGACAAGUUCUGUGUUGGAAGUGGCAACGGAACGGACUCGUGCGAAGGAGACAGUGGUGGUGGUCUGGUGUUCGAGAAUGACGGAAAUUGGUACGUUAUGGGAGUCUUGAGCACUUCUUUCAGGCCGUCGAGUGGAAAUGGAACCUGCGACGGUAACGCUACCUCCCUUUACACCAAGGUUCCCGCUUACAUGUCGUGGAUUCGUAAAGUGAUCUCAAGUUUAGAACGACAUCAAUCCUUUCCACCGUGCAAACCUAGUGUUUAAUGAUCUCAUUUGUCUGUUGACCACAUUUUAUCAUCAGUGACGUAAAAUAUGCCUGAAGCAUGACAAAGCUGCAU